AUGUGGUCUCUAGUCCUGCGAGCGCUUGCCGCAGUCUUCCUCACUCAUAUCGCCCUCAAAUGGGUGCAGACGCGGCUCAAAUAUCGGUCCAUUCGCAACCUACCUGGUCCUCCACCGGAGAAUUACUUCAUAGGUAACUUCAAGCAGUUGUUCAGUCCCAACGCCUGGAGCUUUCACAGGUCCAUCUCCGAGACAUAUGGAGGGGUGGUCAAGAUAAGCGGACUCUUUGGCGCGAAGCAACUGUAUGUGUCCGACCCAAAGGCAUUACAACACAUUAUUAUCAAAGACCAACAUAUAUACGAAGAGACUGCGGAAUUCACUGCCGGAAACCUUGUCCUCUUUGGACCCGGCCUUGGGUCAACACACGGUGAAGUCCAUAGAAAGCAACGAAAAAUGCUGAACCCUGUUUUCUCCCCUGCUCAUCUUCGUGGAAUGGUUCCCAUCUUCUGGGAGGUUUCUUCAAAGCUGGCCGCAGCCCUAGAGAGGAAGAUCUCCAACAAUGGAGAGCAGGAGAUCAAUAUGUACUCUUGGCUGGGACGAACCGCGACAGAGUUGAUCGGCCAGAGUGGCCUCGGAUAUUCGUUCGACUCUCUCCUCGACGACGAGGACGGUGCACACCCAUUCACCAAAGCAAUGCACGCCCUGGAAGCACCAGCCCGGCGCAUUCUGUGGUUCCUCCACUUUGUCUUCCCAUGGGCUCAGAAAAUAGGCACUCCGAAAUUCCAACGGUUCCUGGUGAACAUUGUGCCGUGGAAAGACCUCCAUCUCAUACGAGACCUGAUCGAUACUUUCUAUGCGACUUCCUGCGAGAUAUUUGAGCGGAAGAAGCGAGCCAUCGAGCAAGGUGAGGAGGCGAUGGCGGGAGAGGUUGGAAGGGGAAAGGACAUCAUCAGCGUUCUCAUGGCGGAGAACAUGAAGGCAUCAGAAGAGGACAGAUUACCGGACGAAGAAGUCCUGGGUCAAAUCUCGACACUUGCUUUUGCUGCGGGCGAUACUACAACCAACGCUCUAUCCAGAGUUCUGUGGCUGCUAUGCCAGCAUCCCGAGGCGCAGGAGAAACUUCGAGCAGAAAUCCAAGCUGCUCAAUCAGAGUUUGGCAAUUUGGACUACGAUAGACUGGGAGCAUUGCCCUAUCUCGAAGCCGUGUGCCGGGAAACUCUUCGUCUGUACUCCCCGGUAACCUUCCUGCUUCGCAAAGCAAAGCAAGACGCUAUUCUUCCAUUUUCAAAGCCAACCCGUGGACUUGAUGGAGAAAAAAUAACAGAAGUUCACGUCCCCAAGGGCACGAUGCUCUUCAUCUCUAUUGUAUCUGCGAACCAGAACCCAGAUCUUUGGGGACCCGACAGUUACGAAUGGAAGCCAGAGAGAUGGCUGUCAACCCUUCCAGAGGCGGUAACCGAGGCAAAGAUACCCGGAAUCUACGCAAACCUAAUGACAUUUUUGGGUGGGGGACGAGCCUGCAUCGGAAUCAAGUUUGCGCAGCUGGAACUCAAGGUCGUCCUUUGCACGUUGCUGCAGCAAUUCCAGUUCUCUCUCCCGAAAGAUAGUAGUAUCUACUGGAAGAUGGCCACCAUCGCGAAGCCGUAUCUUCCCGGAGAGGAUACAGUCCCCCAGCUACCCCUUAUUGUCUCCCGAUGUAGAGCCAUGGCAUAG